AUGGCAUUGCCCACCGUCGCUGCGCCGCAGCCCGUGGCCGCCGUCGCUCCACCGGCGCCGACCACCGCGGCACUGAUGGCCGCCGCGGCACCGAUGGCCGCCGCGGCGCCGCCUCACGCCGUCGCCGCGCCGGCGCCGGUCACGACGGCACCACCGGCCGCCGCGGCAACGGACGCAGCGGCGCGCAAGCUCGCGGCGGACCACGCCGCGAUCCGCGAGGCCUACGCGCGCGAGCAGGCCGCCGCGGCGCCGCCUGCGCCACCUGCAGCGCCCCUCGUCCAGGGCGUCGACGACGAGUGGGCCGACUGGCGGGGUUGUAUUUGUGGAGGGAGUUAUUAUGGGGAGAUGGUGGGCUGCGACGGGCACUGCGACAACUGGUUCCACUUCGCGUGCGUCGGUUUGACACGGCUGCCGCGCGGCGAGUGGCUCUGCCAGGACUGCAAGAAUAAACCGAAGAAGAAGAAGCAGAAGGUCGAGGAACCGCCGCCACCACCACCUCAAAAAAAGAAACGGGAGAAUCCCGCCCAUUCGAAGCACGAGCGCAAAGAUAGGGAACAACUCGAGGCGUUGGUCGAGCGGGCCAAGCCCCUCAAGUUCGUUGGAGGUCGAGCUCCGAGUGACCACACGUGUAGUGGUGCGGGGUUCUGCUCGCUCGAUCCGUCGAUCUUUGCACCUUUGCAGCAGUUGCAUGCCAAUAUAGUAGCGGCUUUAAGAAGAGGCAAACUGUUACAAUCGUGGGAGGGCAAGGGGAAAGAUGUGCGAGAACGGGGCUUCGCUUUUCUACCACCUACGAUGAUUCCCGUCUGGGAUCGCGCUCGUCUAGAAAAAGGCGGUCUGCGCUUCGGCGCGGCCCAGAAGGAGGGUCAAGACUUCUUGAACGACGAGGAGGCGAACUGGAAGUCGUCGUUCCACCUCUUUCCUCGCGAUGUCUCUCCUGAAGCGCGGACGGCGCUACACGCGUUGAUCGAGUUAGUUAAACAAAGAGUAGAUGAUAAAUACAAGGACUACGUCAGUCUGGAGAAUCUCAUAGCACUACAACCAAACCUGCACAACGACGCGAAGCACCUCCCACCGCACCUCGACUUUCCGAUGCAUGAUGGCUUUGGCGUCGUCAUCGUGACCAUCCAGAUGGCGGGGCCGCAGUCCGUGAUUGCGUUGCUGAAGGGUGCCGAUAGCGAUUUCGACGUCACGGUCGAGAAGGAGAAGGAGCGGUGCUGGACGUUUUCUCUCAAUGUGGGCGACUGUUAUAUCCUGUCGGGGGAUGCGAGAAACGUCUGCGACCAUGGGGUAUUGUGUGUGGGCGGUGGUCGCCGUUCGCAUAAAGUGGACGCGGCGCGCGAGUCGCUGAAUUUGAGGUUUGGGUUGCACACGCCGGCGUUUGCCGACGAGGAAGUCUACUGGCAGUUCCCCUCGUUCUCUUCUACCUUGCAAGCGGCGGCGCAGGCGUCGCACAACGGGGAGGCGCCGGCGUCGAAGGGGCGGCGGCGGCGGCGCUAGGCCUGUGGUAAGUUAUCUCAUCUCCUCCCGCGCGACCCUGGCGGUUUCGGCUGUUUUUGUGCCCCCAGCUUGUUGCAUCCGUAGAUCAGCGUCGAAUGACGACCCGUCGCAUGCCAUUCAAAGCUGCGUCGACGCCUAAAAAACAAAUCGGUGCAAAUUGCGUGUCCAGCUUGACACCGCCACUCUGCGCUCGUCCUCAUCAUCUGGCGCCCUAUUGAUCAAAAGCAGCUGCGAAGCACUUAAACACUCAUCGGAUCUCAGCCUUCGCGAAGUUUAACGAUGCCUCGUUCGCUUAUCGUGGCGCUUGGGCUCCUGCACUCGGCAGCCAGCUUCCAACCCACCAGCCGCGCGGUCACGCGGACAGCACCGCUCCAGGCGGGCUUCGCGACGACGACGCGUAAAAAGAAAGUCAAAAAGGGCAAGGGAUCGAAGAGCAAGGACGCCGCCGGGCUGACCACAGACAAGGGCUGGGUCCCGCUCGACGAGCUCACCGAGCGA